CCGGCAAACUGGAUAAUUUAAACAACAUGGAGGGCGGCGAGUCCACGGAGUCCACACACAACACCAAGGUGUCCGACUCGGCGUAUUCAAACAGCUGCAGCAACAGUCAGUCGCAGCGCAGUGGCAGCUCCAAGUCCCGCCUAAGCGGAAGCCACUCCUCCGGCAGCAGUGGCUAUGGCGGUAAGCCCUCGACGCAGGCGAGCAGUAGCGACAUGAUCAUCAAGCGGAACAAGGACAAGUCGCGCAAGAAGAAGAAGAACAAAGGGGCGGGGCAGACGCAGGUACAGUCCCUGAUCUCGGCGGCAACAUCCCUGGAGGGAGCGGAGGAGAAGCCGCGGCCCAGUGGCAGUGGAUGCGGAGACGAGCAGACUUUGCAGGACCAGCAGCACGGCGAGGAUGGCAACGAGCCCGAGGCCACAGAGCAGCUGCAGCAGGAGGAGGAGGAGGAUCAGUCCGGAUCCGAGUCGGAAGCGGAUCGGGGCGAGGGCGUAGCCAAGUCGGAGGCCCAGAGCUUUCCCAUCCCCUCGCCGCUGUCCGUGACCAUAGUUCCGCCUUCAAUGGGCGGCGGAGUGGGCGGUUGCGGCGGAGUGGGUCACGCCUCCGGUCUGGACAGCAGCCUGGCGAAAUUCGAGAAGACCUGGGAAUCGGCCCCGGGAAAACUGGAGUCCAUGACGGGAGUAGGUGCUGGAGCAGCCGGUGGGCAGCGAGGGGAGCGGGUCAAGGAGGACAGCUUUUGCUGCGUAAUAUCCAUGCACGACGGCAUUGUCCUGUACACCACGCCUAGCAUCACCGAUGUCCUGGGCUUUCCACGCGACAUGUGGCUGGGUAGAUCCUUCAUCGACUUUGUGCAUCUCAAGGAUCGGGCCACGUUCGCCAGUCAAAUAACCACGGGCAUACCUAUCGCCGAAUCCCGGGGCAGUAUGCCAAAGGAUGCCAAGAGCACGUUCUGCGUGAUGCUGCGACGCUAUCGAGGAUUGAAGUCCGGUGGAUUCGGAGUGAUCGGGCGACCGGUCAGCUACGAACCCUUUCGGCUGGGUCUCACCUUCAGAGAGGCCCCGGAGGAGGCGCGACCCGACAACUACAUGGUCUCCAAUGGCACCAACAUGCUGCUCGUCAUUUGCGCCACUCCGAUCAAGAGCAGCUACAAGGUUCCCGACGAGAUCCUCUCCCAGAAGAGCCCCAAGUUCGCCAUCCGCCACACGGCCACCGGUAUUAUUUCGCAUGUGGACAGUGCGGCGGUGAGUGCGCUGGGCUAUCUGCCACAGGACUUGAUAGGACGCAGCAUUAUGGACUUCUACCACCACGAGGACCUCACCGUUAUGAAGGAGACCUACGAGACGGUUAUGAAGAAGGGCCAGACGGCUGGCGCUUCCUUCUGCAGCAAGCCGUACCGCUUUCUCAUCCAGAACGGGUGCUACGUACUCUUGGAGACCGAGUGGACCAGCUUCGUGAAUCCGUGGUCCCGCAAGCUGGAGUUCGUGGUCGGACAUCAUCGAGUCUUCCAGGGACCCAAACAGUGCAAUGUCUUCGAAGCGGCGCCCACAUGCAAGCUCAAGAUAUCGGAGGAGGCCCAGAGCCGGAACACGCGAAUCAAGGAGGACAUCGUGAAGCGCCUGGCGGAGACCGUGUCCCGCCCUUCGGAUACGGUCAAACAGGAGGUCUCCCGUCGCUGCCAGGCACUCGCCAGCUUCAUGGAGACUCUUAUGGACGAGGUGUCCCGGGCUGACCUCAAGCUGGAGCUUCCGCACGAGAACGAGCUGACCGUCUCGGAGCGGGACAGCGUGAUGCUCGGCGAGAUCUCGCCGCACCAUGACUACUAUGACAGUAAGAGCUCCACAGAGACGCCGCCCAGCUACAACCAGCUAAACUAUAACGAGAACCUGCUGCGUUUUUUCAACAGCAAGCCGGUCACGGCGCCGGCGGAGCUCGAUCCGCCCAAGACGGAGCCGCCGGAGCCGCGGGGCACCUGUGUCAGUGGGGCCAGUGGACCGAUGAGUCCCGUGCACGAGGGUAGUGGGGGCAGUGGCUCCUCGGGCAACUUCACCACCGCCAGUAAUAUCCAUAUGAGCAGUGUGACCAAUACGAGCAUUGCGGGCACGGGCGGAACGGGCACGGGCACAGGAACGGGCACAGGUACUGGAACUGGGACAGGAACAGGAACAGGAACCGGUACGAGAACUGGAACAGGAACCGGCACGACCAGCUCCUCCAGAGGCGGAGGCGCCGCCACACCGCCCAUUACGCUUACCGAAUCGCUGCUCAACAAGCACAACGACGAAAUGGAAAAGUUUAUGCUGAAGAAACACCGCGAGUCGCGAGGACGCUCUGGUGAAAAGAGCAAGAAGUCCACAAACGACACCCUCAAGAUGCUGGAGUACAGUGGCCCAGGACACGGGAUAAAAAGGGGCGGUUCCCACUCGUGGGAGGGAGAGGCGAACAAACCCAAGCAGCAGAUGGCCUUGGGAACGGAUGCGGUCAAAGGGGCGCCAGGAAGCGGGGGAGCAGCCGCGGGAUCUGGUGGGGUGGGGUCAGGGGGAGCAGGUGUGGCAGGCGGAGGAGGAACCGGGCCAGGUAUAGUGGGAACACAAGACGGCAGGACCACGACAACAUCGGGAGCAGGAACCCCAGGAGGAGGGGGAGGAACAGGAGGGGCGGCCGGAGCCACCUCCUCGGUGGGCAGCUCCACGCCAGGACCCUCCUCGUAUCCCUCCUGCACCCAGAACAUCAACCUCUGGCCGCCAUUCUCGGUGGGCAUCACCCCGCCCGUCCACUCCACGCACACUGCGAUGGCCCAGAGCAGCUUCUCCUCCGCCGGCCUCUUCCCAACGUUCUACUACAUCCCCGCCUCCUUAACGCCCACUAGUCCCACACGCUCCCCUAGGAUCCACAAGCACCCGCACAAGAGUGGCGUGGAGCUGCCCACCACCUCGCAGCAGGCAGCAGCAGCGGCCGCGCAGGCCAUGCCGCUUCAGUACAUGGCUGGCGUGAUGUAUCCACAUCCCUCCCUCUUCUAUACACAUCCAGCGGCGGCGGCCGCCACGGCCAUGAUGUACCAACCGAUGCCCUUCCCCGGGAUGGCCAAUGCCCUACAGAUACCGGAGCGGCCGUUGGGGUCUCAGUCAGCCUACAACAAAACGGUGUACACAGCCACGCCAGCGUCAAUGACGAAGAAGGUACCUGGGGCGUUCCACUCGGUCACCACCACCGCCCAGGUGCAACGGCCCUCCUCACAGACCACCUCCGUCAAGGCAGAGCCGGGUUCCAAUGUGACUGUGUCGGAUCCCUGCAAGAAGGAGGUGCCCGACUCUUCUUCCAUUCCCUCCGUGAUGGGGGACUACAACUCCCCUCCCUGCAGCAGUAAUCCCACCAACAACAAGAAAUACACGGACAGCAAUGGGAACAGCGAUGACAUGGAUGGCUCCAGCUUCUCCUCGUUCUACUCAUCCUUCAUCAAGACCACGGAUGGAUCGGAGAGUCCGCCGGACACCGAAAAGGACCCCAAGCAUCGUAAACUAAAGAGCAUCACCAAUUCGGAGAGCAAGAUCAUGGAACACCCCGAGGAGGACCAGACGCAGCAUGGGGAUGGGUAGUAGCCAAACCCUCAGUUGCUGCUGACCGACGUACACAAUCGAGUGCACAAUGUCGAUCCCUAGGACGAACCGAGCAGCAAUCACAGAGGACAAGCAGGAAUCCUAGAAAAGAUUCUCCGAAUUUACGAACAUAUCCGUAGGAUAUCAACUAUUCUGAAUCUUAUUGAAGCAACGAAGACAGCAAGAUGAACUGGUGAAGAUUUCUUAAUAAUACCGAACCGGCUGGACUUGCAAAUUACAUAGAUCUCAAUUCAGAAAUAUUACAUGUGUCGAAAAUUAAAAUUCUUCAAAAAAUGCAUCUGAGCGUUAAAUACUUUACUUUUUCUAGUUUUUAAGACAUUUUUAUUUAUAAUUCGUUUGUGUAAUAAAUUGCAAAAACCAA